ACACACACACACACACACACACACACACACACACACACACACACACACACACACACACACACACACAGCAGUAACUAGAGCUAUGGUGGAGGCCGUGUACGUUGUCGCUGCCGUGGCGACACUUGCCGUGUUGCUGCUGCUGCUCAUCCUUGUCACCAUUGUCGUGCUGGUGCGCCGCAGGUGUCAAUACGAAGAAGAGAAGAGCUGCGACAUACCGCACCUAGAGAUCGGCAGUCUACCACAACGCAAUAUCGACCAUGGUUUCACGGAGAAACUACCGCGAAGUUACCGACUGUUCUCACGAGAUCGGCUACAGACGACCGACUACCAAAGGACGCUAUCAUCGUUGGACGUCGUUUCCGACAGGCGGCGCGCGUGUAUGCAGUUUCAUCAUGUCGACAUUCCAGACCUCUACGUGUCGAGAGACGACGAUGAUGAUGAUGUUUUUGAUGGUUGCGUCGGCAUGGAUGUUAGCACGGCGCCGCUAGGGGGCAGGUCGACGGGCGUGACGAGAUCGUAGCCAAGAGUCGCUAUUCAUGAACUGAGAUAUUUGUUUCGUUUUUUGAUAUCGCCCUGGAGAUGGCGCUGCGAUAUCGUAUCAGACUACAAAUCUCUGUAUUAUAUAAAAUCAGGGAUUAAUAAUGACAAAUUUGUCAAUUUUUUUACAUCUUUGGCAAAUUUGUCAUUAUUAACCUCCUGAUAAAAUAUAUAUUAUGUAGUUUAUACGUAUAUCAGUGUAUCUGACGUUGAUACCUCGCUCGCUAUGUGCUGAUAAUCGCAUAUGUUGUUAACGUAAAUGCCUCUCUAACAUCUAUCUACACCUACCAUUCACUCGAUGUGUGUGUGUGUGUGUGCGCGCGUGUGCGCGCAUGUGUGUGUGUGUGUGUGUGUGUGUGUGUGUGUGUG